GCUGAAAGCUGAACCAGGAACCAGGAAAUGCACAAGCCUCUUUCUGUGGAAAAAGAGCUGGGCUCCCCGGGAGAUAGAGCACCAUGGGAAACCAGCUCUGCUGCGGGAGAAGCUGGGGCUGUACAUCAACUUUACAGAAGAAGAAGAAAAUAGGGAGCCAAGCAAGACGAACACUGAGACGGCAGCAGCCGCAGCAUGAGCGGUGGCGGCAACUGAAUGACACGAAGGACCACGACACAAUGGGACACACCUAUGAGCAGGUGUUAAGGCAGCUUGCGUCUCAGGAGAGGAGCCGUCAAAGCCUCAGGUCGGAAGACAGCAGCUUGUAUUAUGCAGACAUUCAACUGUGCAGACUUCCCCAGCCACGCUCUGUCCAGGAGGUGAAGCACCUCCAAUUAAAAAAUGCCACAGAGUAUGCGACCCUUCGCUUCCCCCAGGUCACACCUCGCUAUGACAGCAAGAAUGGGACCCUUGUGUGAGCCCUGAUAGGGGAGGUAUCUGUUGGCAUCAUUUCAUCACUAUGGCUUUGGGGGACUGGCUGGCAGCCUAGGAACAGUGGUCACGUUUUAGGCUUAAAGAACUCCAGAGCCCCCGGAAUUGCAAACUCCCAGUCCUGUGCUCUGCCUCAGCCUAUCUAUUUGCCACCAUUAGCUUGGAGUCGUAUUUGAGUUACCUGGGGGUGGAUGGAGUUGUACAGAAUGAGGGCGCUAGGUUGAGUGUGCAAGAAGGUGGGGUUUUGACCCCCUAUCUUUGCUUCUGCCUUCUGGGAAAGUGCAGAAAGAACAGGUUACCCUUGAAGCACUUGCAGUUGAGCUGACUUUGUUGGAGUUCAUUUGAUGGUAUCCCUUCUACACACCUUCAGCUCCAAAGCUGAAGAGGUGCUCUGGGAAGCAUUCAGAGCUCUUGCACACAGCUCCUAGAUCUGGGUUGGGCAAAUUCCUCAGAGGCUGGGUCAAAAGGAUCCAGACCCUACACAAACAAGUGAGGGCAGGGACUUAAGCAAGCGUUUUCGGACCAUCGAUUGCAAGGACGUCAAGUCACUGAUGUCGACAGCACUUUGAGGCCCAGAAACUUCCCCUUAAGCUGGACUGUUUUCUCUCAGGGGUGCGGAGCCGUUAGGAUCAAUAAAUCGCAUAAGGAACCUG